AUGGUCGCGGUAAAUCUCACACUGCCUCUCCUGGCAGCUCUGGCAGCAUCCCCAGGGCGUCUCGGAAUCGUGUGUGCGCGCUUUAAAGAAUCUCUCGAGCCAUGGGCGCCCGUCGCGAACAACACGUACAUGUACGCCAAGGGCUCCGUCCCGCAGACGAACGACAGCGUCCCGCACUCGGCGUUCCGCUCGUAUAUCCCCCUCAGGAACAUCGGACGGGAGGGCCACACGCACCUGUACCACAUUGUGCAGAACUACGACACGCUCGACGAGGUCAUGGUCUUUUCGCAGGCCGAUCCCUUUGAUCUCCUCGCGCCGGCCGUCAACACGACGGAGCAGAUGGUGCAGAGGGCGAUGCAGGUGGAGGAGAGGGACGUCACGCCGUUCAACGCGGCGUUGUUCCACGACCUGGCGGAUUGGGAGCAGAUCGAUUGGAACAGUUCCAAGCAGGCGCUGUGGAUCAAGCCGAGCCAGAUCAAGACGUUGCAGCUCGCGCCGUAUACCCCGGCGCAGUUCUGGACGAGGGUGAUGGGGGGACAGCACCCGCCCGCCAUCCGAGCGAUGCACGGGGGUAUUUUUGCCGUUAAACGCGAGACGAUAUGGAGUUUGCCGAGGACAGUUUAUCAGAAUGCGCUGGAUGAGUUCGAAAAGGCGAAUUCGAGUAACCCUGAGAUAGGAUUUUUCAUGGAGCGAAUGUGGGCGCCGAUGUUCUCGCAGAAAUAUAGAUUGAACUCGGUGCAAAUUCCGUAA